AUGGGCAUAUGUCUUUUGGGAUUUGACGGUGUGUUACCCCUUGUGACCACCAGGGCGGAGUUCUACAAGCACAUCGUGCUGUCGGGCGGCUCCACCAUGUACCCAGGGCUGCCGUCGCGGCUGGAGCGCGAGCUGAAGCAGCUGUACCUGGAGCGCGUGCUCAAGGGCGACGUGGACAAACUCUCGAAAUUUAAGAUCCGGAUUGAGGACCCCCCUCGACGCAAGCACAUGGUGUUCUUGGGCGGGGCCGUGCUGGCUGACAUCAUGAAGGACAAGGAUAACUUCUGGCUGACGCGGGAGGAGUACCAGGAGAAGGGCGUGCGGGUGCUGGAGAAGCUGGGGGUGACCGUCAGAUAAAGCAGCGUCCCCCCACUGCACCCAUGAUAUAUAUAUAUAUUCAUAUAUCUCUCUUC